GUUCACAUCUUAAAAUAAUCUGACAACGCUGAACAUCAAUGAAUGUGUAUUAUAAAUCAAAUUUCUGAACGGGCCGAGCAUUUUGCCAUUUUGCUAGAGAAAUUGCAGCUAAAUCCGUGUUAAAACUGUACUCACAAGAGGCAGCUAUUGUGUGAACAAGUGACCGUGGUAUUUCUUUCGGCAAAUUGCUGAUAAUGUACGAAAUAUCGCUUUCAAGAAUGGGCAACCGAUGAAUUGGGGGUUGUUUUUUUUGCUGUACGUACACAGACAACUAGGACGCAAAAUCAUACUCUGAUAUACACUAGUCGACCUACGAGAAAAGGUGUACGCAAAAGACGAUAAGAAACAUUGCUCGCCGAAAAUGAAAUUUCACCCGAAGCCGGCGACACAAUCACACAUUUUGCUUCUGGUUAUGUUAACCCUCGUUGGAACCACGCCCGGUAAAAUUCUGACAUCAGCUGCUAGUUCAGCAACUUCCGUAGGCGAUUGGGAUGAUCCUCCGGAUGAUGAGGAAGGUUAUUGUGCUCCGUACAAUGGGAAGGUAUGCAAAACAUUUAUCAACAGUCGACAGGUGUGGUACAACCGAAUAGAUGGUUCUGGUGGAUGGGAAAACGAGAAGAUUACAGCUGCACUUUUCAGAGACUUGAUUAGUGAUCUUCCCGAUUAUUGUCGACUAGCAGCAGAGAAAAUGCUGUGUGCCUACGCCUUUCCGCAAUGUGUGGUUAAGGAUGGAUUAACUGUUCGCUUACCUUUGUGCUACGAGGAUUGUGUAGCUACACACCUCCAAUUUUGUUACAAAGAUUGGGCUCUUAUAGAGGAAAAGAAAGAGCGCGGUGAUAUCAUUAAAUCGAGAGGUCAUUUCCGGUUACCGAAUUGUGAGGAACUUCCCCGACACAAUAAAAGCGCUCGACCGGCUGCAUGCUCCUAUGUUGGUUUGACGGAAUUGGUUCAGGAUGAAGUGACCUAUGACUGUCGUAUGGGAAAUGGCCGCUAUUAUUUAGGUACGAUGAAUAUAACGGUAUCGGGUAUACCCUGCCAAAAAUGGGACUCUCAAGAACCUCAUUCACAUCACAAACCACCUUUAGUGUUUGCCGAGUUACAGGAUGCAGAGAACUAUUGUCGCAAUGCUGGUGGAGAAGAACCAACUCCUUGGUGCUAUACGGUAGAUAAAACUGUACGCUGGCAGGCGUGCGACGUGCCACUUUGUCCAAACUCAACUGAUAUAAGCGCUACUAAGAAACCGGUAGGCAUCGUAAUGGAAUCGGUAUUUACUCCAGCGAUAAUAUUCUUACUCUCUGGCAUUGGAUUCGUGGCAAUCGUUCUGCUACACUUGAUGGUUUUCCUCUGUUAUCGUAUCGCUCGACAUAAACGGAACCGCAGACAGGGCGCUGCAGGUUAUAACGCCACGUCAACCCAGGACACGCAAGGUAUCGACAUAAACAAGCUACCAAGUAAUGUAAACUAUCAUAGGACAGGUGCCCAGUUGAAUCCAAAGCUGGAGAAACUUGAAUUCCCCAGGAAUAAUAUAAUUUACAUAAAGGACUUAGGUCAAGGAGCGUUCGGAAGAGUUUUUCAAGCGAAAGCUCCUGGUCUGAUAGAGGGGGAAGAUUUUACACUGGUAGCUGUUAAAAUGUUGAAGGAUGAGGCAAGUCAGGAUUUGCAGGUUGAUUUCGAAAGAGAGGCUUGUUUGUUAGCGGAAUUCGACCACCCUAAUAUCGUGAAACUUCUUGGUGUUUGUGCUAUAGGCAGACCCAUGUGUUUACUGUUCGAAUUUAUGGCACGUGGGGAUUUAAAUGAAUUUUUACGCCAAUGCUCACCAUUUGCUCAACAAAACAGGGCUGAUAGUAUUAGUACCGAACUAUCACAUGGCGACCUUUUGAACAUAUCUUUCCAGAUUGCGUCUGGAAUGGUUUAUCUAUCGGAGAGGAAGUUUGUUCAUCGCGAUUUGGCCACAAGGAAUUGCUUGAUAGAUGACAAUAUGGUAGUGAAGAUAGCUGAUUUCGGCCUCUCGCAUAAAAUUUAUCUGCAGGACUACUAUAAAGGCGAUGAAAACGAUGCCAUCCCUAUUCGCUGGAUGCCCCUGGAGAGCAUUCUUUACAAUAAGUAUACUAUCGAGUCUGAUGUUUGGGCUUAUGGUGUGUGUUUGUGGGAAAUUUUCUCAUUUGCCAUGCAGCCUUACUAUGGCAUGACGCACGAAGAGGUCGUGAAGUUUGUCAAAGAGGGCAAUAUGCUAAGCUGCCCCGAAAAUACACCCUUGACGGUGUAUGAUUUGAUGCGGAAGUGUUGGAGUAGGAAACCCGUGGAUCGUCCCAGCUUUCCCUUCAUAUAUCAAAAGUUGCAACAGAUUCGGUCCGAUUUUGAUGGGAAAAUGUUGAUGUAGUAGUCCGUCUAAUCAUCGCAUCCGCCGGAAUAGAUGCGUCAUUUUUUGUAAUUUAUAUUGCUGUCACUCCUUAGAUUUUAUUAUAGUUUUAAAAAAUGAUGGUUUUACUUUUCAAGAGACUGCAGACUGUACUGACUUGUUUAUAAUAUUUAUAUUCAUCACACUAUGCACUGCAACGCGCUACAGUAUUUUAUUAUUAGAGGUUAAUUACAUAGAUAAUACAAUGUGUUUGUCUGAUUUACAAGUAUCGCUGUGCAUCUAUCGCUGCUGAAUAGUAGUUUCUGUAAAUUUUAUUUUUAUUUACGUAAGAUCGCCAUACCAAGCUGCUCACUCGUACACAACAAUUUCAGUAAACUGAAAAAAUCGAAUAGUUGAUUCUUUUUUUGUAUAUAUUUGAUAUUUUACUCUAGAACAUUCUUUGUUUUGCUGAAUUAAUUGUAUCACAAACGGUUAUCAUCCUGAAAUCCCAAUUGAAAUUCAACAACCAUGCUUUCUUGUAUCUUCGUCUGCGGUUAUGAUUAUGAGCAACUAUCGUACACCGUUGGUACACUUGUUAUUGUUAAUUCAUCGCAAACCUCUACAACUAAACCAAUCACUUGUAUCAUUUGAUUAUUAAACUUGUCAGAUACAAUCUCAGAAUUCGCCGAUAUUUCUCAAAAUAUUAUUUACAAAUCUAUCUCCUAAACAGUGGAUGAUCGUUACAGGUUUCAUUCCGUUCUGUGAAACCCAUGGUUGAACAAUAACAGUAAUACUUUGCAUUAACUCAUAUUAGUUGUAACUAGGUCAACUGAAGAAAAAUUUAUAAGUAUUUUUCUGUCUAUAUCAAUAGCUAUUUUAUUGUAGGCAAUGGCGCGAUAAUUGUAAAGAUUUCUUAUAUCAUUUGUCUAAGUAAAUUAGUAAAACAGGAACAUUCGAAUAUCAUGUUUCAACUAGUUGUAUUAUCAAUUUUGAUGAACAUUUCAAUAACAAUAAUUUUAAAAAUCAUUCACAUACACAUCGCGUCACUGCCAGAUUUUUGUAGUAACCAAAACCAUAUUUAGAAUUAAAUUAUAGGUUAUGAGUGUUGGAAUAUUUGCUAACUGAAUUGAUUGAUACCCUACCCUUGAGAAAACGAUUAUUAAUAAGAAGCAGAAAACUGUUAAAACUCAGAAGAAUAAUGCGAACCCAAAGAGAGAAACAUUCUAAAGAUUCUAAGGAAUGAUAAACAAUGAUAUAUGAAACAAUAAGAGAGGUGUUCUACUGGAUGUGAAUAUAAAUGCAUUUGCC